UCACUGAGUGCGUAACAGUUCUUACUCUUCAUGCUAUUACAUCAGUUCUGUUAGGCAGAUUGGUUGUUGCAAGAGUCCUCUCCCUGCGUGUGAGUGUGAGCCUUGUAAAUCCUUCCCAAAUAUAUAAACUGGAACUCACGAAGUCCUACUACUAUUUCUGCAUACCCAAGGUGGUAGGCACUUUCAGUUCCCCCAGGAUCAGCUUUCCUCUUCCAAUAGAAUGUGACAAUUGUUUGUUUUGAACUGAGCAAAAUUUUAAAAGAUGUUUGUAAUACAGCAUAGAUAAUUCCCGAUCAGGAACAAACUUCUUGCAGUUGUAUGACUUCAGAGAUGGGUCAACUUAUUUUACUGUUUUAAAUUAACAGGGAAAUGAUCUGCAUUGGUUGGCAUGUUCGUUAUAUGUGGCUUGCAGAAAAGCUGUCCCAACAGUUAGCAGAGGAACUGUUGAAGGGAACUAUGUAUCUUUAAUAAGGAUAUUACGCUGUUCAGGACAAAGUUUGAUAGAGUUUUUUAACAAGAUGAAGAAAUGGGAAGAUAUGGCAGAUCUACCCUCCCAAUUCAGAGAACGUACCACAAGAUUAGAAAGAAACUUUACAGUUUCUGCUGUAAUUUUUAAGAAGUAUGAACCCAUUUUUCAGGACAUUUUCAAGUACCCUCAAGAUGACCAACCACGACAGCAGAGAGGAAGAAAGCAAAGGAGACAACCUUGCACCGUCUCUGAAGUAUUUCAGUUUUGCUGGGUCCUCUUUGUUUAUGCCAAAGGCAAUUUCCCUAUGAUCAGUGAUGAUUUGGUAAAUUCCUACCAUCUCUUACUGUGUGUCCUUGAUCUAGUCUAUGGGAAUUCUUUGCAGUGCCCUAAUCGUAAGGAGAUUCUGAAUCCAUGUUUUAAGGGACUGCCUGAAGAUUUUCAUAGUAAGGAUUUUAAACUCUUGUCUGAAGCUCCUUGCAUCAUUGAAAAACUGUGCUCCUUGCAUGAUGGUUUGGUUUUGGAAGCCAAGGGCAUAAAAGAACAUUUCUGGAAGCCAUAUGUGAAAAAACUUUUUGAGAAAAAGAUUCUGAAGGGAAAAGAGGAGAACCUGACAGGUUUUUUGGAUCCUGGAAACUUUGCAGAAAGCUUUAAAGCUAUCAACAAGGCCUAUGAGGAAUAUAUAUUAUCAGUUGGAAAUCUAGAUGAGAGGAUAUUUCUUGGAGAAGAUGCAGAUGAGGAAAUAGGAACCUUGCGAAGAUGUUUAAAUACAGCUUCAGACAUGGAACCAGCUGAAAGGGUGCAAGUGAAAUAUAAUCUGCAGGAGCAUUUUGAACGAACAAAAUCUUUCAGAAUAUCAACACCUCUUACUGGCCGGAAAUACAUAAAGGAUACUGAUCCUUACAUGAGCCCCAUUUCCAUAGCGACACACUGCUUGACACGGCUUCACACAAUGUUGGCAGGCCUGAAGAAUGCCCCUAGUGAGAAUCUGGAGCAAAUUCUCAGGACAUGUUCAAGGGAUCCUUCUCUGUCAAUUGCCAAUAGAGUAAAAGAAAUGUAUGAAAUUUACUCACAAAGGGCACCAUUUUGCAGAGAAUCUGGGAGUUUCUCCCAAGAUCUUGUUGGAAAACACUUCCGUCUUGCUGAGGUCCUUUAUUAUAAGGUUUUAGAAUCUGUCAUAAAACAAGAAAAGAAAAGACUAGAAGAUGCUGACUUAUCUGCAAUCCUGGAGCAUGAUGUCUUUCACAAGUCUCUCAUGGCCUGCUGCCUUGAAAUAAUUAUUUACUCUUACAAGGCAGCUGACAGUUUUCCAUUCAUCACUGAUGUAUUUGAUGUUCCUGCCUUCCACUUUUAUAAGGUAAUAGAGAUCCUGAUCAGAGCAGAAGAUGGCCUUUGCAGAGAGGUGGUAAAACAUCUCAAUCACAUUGAAGAACAGAUAUUAGAGAGUCUGGCAUGGAAAAUGGAAUCUCCACUCUGGGACAAAAUAAAAGAAAAUGAAAAUAAAGUUCCUACCUGUGAAGAGGUAAUGCCACCUCAGUAUUUUGAAAGAUCAAAUGGGAACAGCGUGGCUGGUUCUCCUUUAACUCCAAGGAGAUUAAACGAAGUUCGUGCUGAAACUGGAACACAGGGAAAGGCCACCCUUUACGAACGGUAUAGCUCCCCAACCAGCAACCCUACCAGAAGAAGGCUGUUUGUUGAUAAUGACACCCCGGCUGAGGCCGCUCGGACGCCCGUGAGAGUCUCUCAGCAGCCCGUGAUCAGUACGGUGCCUGUUCAGAACGUCUCCUCCGAAACCAUUCCCGUCACUCCAGUGCCUGGGCAGACUUUAGUAACAGUGGCAACUGCCACAGUUACUGCAAACAACGGGCAGACAGUUACCAUACCUGUACAAGGCAUUGCCAAUGAAAAUGGUGGCAUAACGUUCAUUCCAGUCCAGGUCAACGUUGGUGGACAGGCUCAAUCGCUGCCUAGUUCCAUUCCACCUCUCAGUGCUCAGACCCUUGCUGGGACGCUGAGUUCUCCACAAAUGGCUGGCACAACUCUUCAAUUGCAAGGCCAGUUCCAGCAGAUUGGCCAUCCUGGAGAACGACGGCCAAAACAGCAAAUCAGCAGUGGUGGCAGCAGGUCCCGGAAGGCUGGCUCGCUCUCUCUCUUCUUUAGAAAGGUAUUUUAUUUAGCAAGCGUUCGUCUGCGGGAUCUCUGCAUCAAACUGGAUAUUUCAGAUGAGCUGAGGAAGAAAAUCUGGACCUGUUUUGAGUUUUCACUGGUACAAUGCUCGGAGCUCAUGAUGGACCGACAUUUAGACCAGCUGUUAAUGUGUGCUAUUUAUGUAAUAGCAAAGGUUACAAAAGAAGACACAUCGUUUCAGAACAUCAUGCGCUGCUACCGAAUGCAGCCACAAGCUAAAAGCCACGUGUACCGUAAUGUAUUGAUUAAAGGCAGAAGACGAAGGCAUUCUGGUACCAGUGACACAAACAAUCAACAGAAUUCCCCAGUGGAGAAAAAUAAGGAUAGAACAAGCAGAGAUUCCAGCCCAGUUAUGAGGUCGAGUAGCACCCUGCCCGUCCCACAGCCGAGCAGCGCUCCUCCAACUCCAACGCGACUGACCGGAGCCAACAGUGAUACUGAGGAAGAGGAACGUGGAGAUCUGAUUCAGUUUUACAACAACGUCUACACAGACCGGAUUAAAGACUUUGCCUUGAAAUACUCUUCAGCCAAUGGAACUGAUGUUCCUCCCUUGUCUCCAUAUCCGUUUGUGAGAAGUGGCUCUCCACGCAGAAUCCAGCUGUCUCAAAACCACCCAAUUUACAUUUCCCCUCACAAAAAUGAGUGUGCACUCUCUCGGCGUGAGAAAAUAUUCUACUAUUUCAGCAGCAGUCCAUCAAAGAGACUUCAAGAGAUUAACAGCAUGAUUAGAACUGGUGAGACCUCAACAAAGAAGAGGGGCAUAAUCUUAGAGGAGGGGGCAGAAUCACCAGCCAAGCGCAUGUGCCCAGAAAACCACACGGCCCUCCUGAGAAGGUUGCAAGAUGUGGCAAACGACAGGGGUUCCCACUGAUUUCAGAGACCAACCAACGUUUUUUACGGCUAUUGGGCCGUCUUAAUGUUUGACCAGCAGCAACAGAAGCUGUGACUUUCACAUCUUUAAGGCACUUUCGGGGGAGAAAUGAAGUAUUUUUUUAACCUUUUCCCAGAGUGUGGUACUCCUGACAUCCAAAGAAGAGUCUUCUGUGUGUACCACUGACAUCUUCUACUAAAGAAGAAUCUGAAGUGGUUGAGAAGAACAGUUACUUCCUCCCAUCACACUGCAGCAGGUGGUCACACCAGCCUUGUUUGGAGCAUUGAAGCAUUCACACCAUGAAGCAUUGACAGAUGCAGUUUACAUCAUUUUUAAUUUAUUUGGUAGAAGGGAUUGAUUUUAGCUCAGUAGGAACUGGAAGACUAGCAUUUUUACACUAGCCCGUUUUUUUUUUAGCUAUUUGAUAUCGUAUGGUGUCAUGUUUAGAAUCUGCAGCAUUUUAAAAACACAUUUGGAAAUGAAGCAGUCAGCAAUGAUGGAAUCAGUGUUGUGACUGAUCAUUUGACCCAGUGUGGAACUGCUGUGAACCUCCUUUUUAAUUAGGAGUGAAGAUUCCAGCACUCUUGUCAGGCAGUAGUUAAAGCACACUGGAGACAGACCAGAAAUUGAAAUUGGUGGGGGGAGGAUUAAGUUUUCUCUCUCCUUAAGUUUCCUUUCCUUCUGUGCCCUUCAGGUAAUAUGGGGAUAUUAUGUAUAUAUACUACACUUUCAAUGUAUUUUAGCUGUGCAAUGUUUCAAGUAAGCUCCUAUCAGCAGGUAGCACUUCACCAGCUCUAAAACUUUUUGAAAUGCAAAUUAGAGUUUUGCUACCUUGGCAAUGGCACUUUUGAAAAAUAUAUAUAUAUUUUAAAUAGCAAACCCUAAGAUGAAAGCUGUGUUAAAUUGCUUGAAUUGUAUUUAUUCUGGAAGUGCAUAGAAGUGAUACUGAACUGUCAUGUAUGCAUAUUUAAGAUAUGACUUAGCCUUUCCUGUUUCUCAGCUUUCUAAUAGCCGCUGGUUGUGUCUUCCUACUGAUCCUUCUCAAAAUGAGGAAAAGAUUGGCCCGUCCUGGAUAUCAGUGCAGCUGUCUGAUCCUUUGCAGUGGUUAACUGCUAUAAAUGGGUGUCCAGGAUGAUGGAGAACAUCAAAAUCUGUUCUUAUUGAACAGGCCACACUGCUUCAUCUAGCCUAACCCUAACUACUUGGGAUGGCAGUGGUCCCUAGAACCCGACAGAAGCAUUUCUUAGCCUCCUUAGGGUUGCUGUGGAUUAAACCUGAGACUGUCUGCAUGCAAAGAAUGUGCUCCACCACUGGCACUGCAGGCUUCCAUGUUGUUUCUCCAGUACAUGCUAGGUAAAGCUUGCUGUUCCAUUUUUCCCAUAAAAGAUCAGAUGAGUAGACAGAGAAGUGAAAAAUGGUGUACAGGCAGUUGGAUAGUCACCUUGAAGAUUGAUAGGAUCACAUUCACUCCUGCCAGUAUUGUGUAUUGCUUUAUGUCCCGGAUUCCAUUUACAGCAGAUCUGUGAUACUCUUAAAAUCGCUCUAAGAGAAUCUGAACGUUGACAACUGAACAGGGAUUUUGGCUUUUAGCUUUAUGAGAUCAUCAGCUGGACAUAAAUCAAAAGGCAGGGACAGGCAGACCUGCUGCUGGUUUCUGAAACUUCUACCAACGCACACCUUAGUGAUGCAUGGAUUUCUUGGCUAGCUGGUUUACCAUUCACUUCUGAUGAAGGAAUGUUUGCAAAAAAACAGUAAUCCUAUUCUCUCUUGUCUGAGAGUGGAAAGUGGAAAGUAACUUGGAGUAGUAAAAUUGAUCUUCAUUUUUUCCAGCGCCUCUUCUGUAUAUGAAGGAAAGGGAUAAAUGGAGGCAGUAUUUACCAUUGUAGUUUUGGAAACUUGGUUACUGCUUAAGAAUAGCCAAUGUUGAUGUCCGUGGUCGUCAUCUUACUCCAUACCUAGAUCUUCCACUGUCAGUCCAUGAGGAUUUAUGAGCUAAAAUUUACUCCAGAUUAAGAUACCCGUGUGGGCUCAGUUAUAGCUGAACACUUUAGGCCGGAGUCUCCAACUUGCAAUCUAUGGGCUACAUGCCACCCUUGUAAGUCAUAUUUUGCAGCCCACAGUGGUAUUUCCUGGAAACAGCCAGCCCUGCAGGCUAUUUCCCUCGACUGAUGCAGUCUGCUCUGCUCCAGAAGAAGGUGAUGUUGCUCUUGGCUGAUUUCAGGAAGUGUAAAAAGGGAGGAGGAAGCAACCCAGAGGGCCAGAGGGAGGUGGUUUGCUACAGCCUAGGGCAACAAGAAAGGGCCUUGCUCACCACACGCACACACGUACGUGCACCAGAAGAGCAACUCCCAGAAUUGGAGCAACAGGUUUCAGCAUAGGUCAGUAUAGAAUAAAACUGCUUCCCUGCAUCUGGUGAGAUUUUAAAAAGUGCUUUGGUACUUUUUUGGGGCCACAGACAAGAUGGAAAUUUUCCUCCAUAAUUUUCGUUAUGAAUCUCAAUGCUGUUGGAAAGGACUUACGGUUAACCGCUAGUGCUGUGCUUUACAAUGUUGGGUAAGGGCCUGAACUGAAUCUGGCUAAAUGACAGUCAUGGUGAUAAAAUAGGGCAGGUUUUGUGUGAUCAAUAAGUGAAGUUUUACAAACAAAACCAAAGCAAAGAAAAAAAAAAAAAAGGUCUCAGACUGCCUUGCUUUGCCUGUUUGGCUCCAGGUCUAAUUUCAAACCCCCAGCUCGUUCAGCUUUCCACCAGGCACUAUCCGCAGAUCUGCCUCUUGCUAUCGUGGCCUUCCCAACAGGAGAAAGAAAAAAAAAAAUUCUGUGCCCCUUAGACUAAGCCAUGGUUAAACAUCUUAACACCUUCCCCUCAUUUAGUAGGCUUUGGAUUCAAUAGACAAAAUUUCCAUCCAGUCAUCUUCUGAGAUAAGUCUGUUGUGUCCGAAGUAGUCAAGAUGCACUUAAAUUUACCUAUUCAUAACAGUUAUACAAAUGACGCACUUCCUGAUUUAGUAGAUAUUCAGUAGUAACAGGAACCCUUUUCCCUUAAAUGGUCUGUUAAGUUGAGGUUUUACUAUGAUCAGCAAAUUGGAAUUCCAAAGAACUCAUACCUAAUUUGCAAAUAUUUUAUCCAAAGAAGGCAACUACAACAUGGACUUUCUACCAUGACUGGUCUUUAUUUUUUUUUAAGAUGUCACUAUUAACACAUUAGUCAAGCCAUCUCAAGCAUGAUUCCUAAGUCAACCUAUGCUAGGUUCUCUUUAAGAUUUUAUUAAAACCAAGAACUCUAAGGGAUUUUGAAUUUCUUCCAUUAAAAAAAACUUUCCUGACUAAUGUACUAUUUAAGGCUGCCUCUAAUAUUACUUUGACACAUCUUACGGUUAUUGAUUUAAGAUGCAUGCAACUAUCACAAUGAAAGAGUUCUGUACUUAUUCUCUUGACAGUCUUUGCAGUAAAAUCUUUCCUCAUA